AUGUCUUUCUCUCCUGAAGCAAAGAUUUUACUUGCAAUUGGAGCAUCACUAUUAUUUUUUAUGUUAAUCUAUGACACACUAUAUAAUAAAGAAAGCAAUAAUGAAAGUAGUAUAAUAUCGAUUUUAAGUAAAGCAACUCUUUCGAUUUCAAAUAUAUUACUCUUUCCUUGUGCAGUUGGUGCUGGACUGCUUGUUGGUACUACUGAAAUUUUUACUAACAGCCAGUCAGUGGUUGCUUUUUCUUUGAACAGCAGCAUUGCUUUUAUAUCAACGGCCAUAGUUCCUUUAGGGAUAACUGCACUUGUAAAUCCCUGCAAUACAUGUGAGUGGGAUGUUGAUCAUAAGUUAGAACGAGUGACUUCCGUAAUUGUGCAAUGCGGUAUUGUAGUGGGAAUUGCCACAUUAGGUUGGAGUUUUAUUACAGAUGUAUUAGCAAAAAGCCAGCAACUUUUUACUAUUCUUGAAUCUGUAGGUAGCGGAUUAUAUAGCUCUGCAAGUGCAUUACUGGCUGUAAUUUUAGCACCUGUGAUGAUGUUGGCAAGUCAUUGUAUAUUUAAUCAACUGCAAACACAUUCCCAAGAUGAUGUAAAAGGUCACAGAUUAGCAAGAGAUCAAGCUAUAGAAUCAGAAAAAACUCAAGCUAGAAGUACAGGCACUAUUGUGACUAAACAAGCAGAGAGAAUGGAGGUAAGGCAUGAGAUAAAUCAUCACGAUGAUUUUCGUAAUGUAUUUGUUAAUUAUAUAACAAGCGCAAUCAAAGAAGCAAAUUGUUCUUCCCUUAUUAAUAGUAAAGAUCAGAAGACACAGCCUUCAAUGGUUGAAGGAAUUUCAACAAGAACACAAGAAAACACUAGGUGUCGAUAA